CCCUCCCCUCCCCUCGCUCUGUUUUGUGCGGCGACUCCGCGAGCGUGACGGAGGCGCUGCCAGAAGCGCUUAUGCAAUCGCCUGACCUACUAACACACAUUCCCGGGCUAAGGAAGUAGGGCGGCGGCGGCAGCAGCAGCAGCAGCGGCGGCGGCGGGAUAGCGGGGCUGGAAGGAGGCGGAGAAGACGAGGGCGCGCGGCGGUAGUAGGAGCCGCCGCCGUCACCGGGCGUUUCUGGUACCUUCUGGGCCCGGCACAGCGGUUGACAGUGACUCCCUUCACUUCACAUCACACUUGCCGCCCUGUCGCAUCUCUGCUCUUGCCGUCCGUCUGUCCGUGGGAGUCUAGCUGCAAAGCCUCACCGUUUUCCAGGGAAGGGAAGGAGAAGCCUCCCAGCCCUGUACAGAGACCGGCAGAAUCCUGAACUGCCUCAGCCUCUGCGAGUCAGAAGGAAAGCACCGUCCCAGUGGGUCUCCUGGAAGAUGAUCUCCGUGCACGAGAGAGUUCCUUUCACAUCGCUGGGAGCCCGUAGCCCGUUUGACUGCUGCGACUGGAGGACGGCUCAAGGCCAAACUGGAAACUGCACCCCCUGGUUCUAAGGCUUUGGUAACAGCUUUGGACACAGGGCAGGAAAGAACCAUUUGAUCCGGCAAAGGUUGCUGCCACCGCGGACGCUGCCAGAGGUGAAACGGAGCGAAGCACAUUUGGGCGUUGGGUGUUCCUGCCCCUUCUCCCCACCCGAUGGAGAGCCUCAGCUCACCUACUCUGUGCGUAGCAGGGAGCUUUCCUGGAUUCCCUCACGAGGGCAUGAUCCAGCGAGCCCGGACACUGAAAAGCAAGCCCAAUGCCAACUGUAGGCGAAAGCGAGAGUUUAUUUCUGACGAGAAGAAGGAUGCCAGCUACUGGGAAAAGCGUCGGAAGAACAACGAGGCUGCUAAACGCUCCCGGGAGAAGCGCCGUUUCAAUGACCUGGUCCUGGAAAACCGAGUGCUGGCCCUCAAUGAGGAGAAUGUGCGGCUAAAGACUGAGUUGCUGCAACUCAAGCUGCGGUUCGGCCUCAUCAGCACGGCAGCCUUUAUGGAGAAGAGCCAGCAGCUGAGCACCGCCAGCACCAACGCCACCGCACACUUAUACGGGAGCAACGACAGCAGCAUGUACACCGGCCCUCUCUCCCGGGCCCACCACUCAGAGGACUCUUCAGAAACUGAGCAGUCCAGCCGGGACAGCGGCAGCGUGUCUGUCUCCAAGUAUUCCCCACGGGGCUCCCUCUCCGACAUGUCGGAUGGCUCGUCUCGGGACAGCCCGGUGCCCCAAACGCUUGGGGAGGCCCAGGCAGUAAGCCGAGCCUACGGGGAGGCCCCAUUACAGCACCCUCUGGAGCCCAAGGGCCCAGUUCCUCGGGGUGUAAUCCUCUUCAGUGCCAAUGGCUUUACAGCAGUGGCAGCUCCCCAGCCCUUGCUUCUUGAACAGGAGGAGCAGGCAGAAGGCUGUACUGCUGAGGCACCAACAAGCCCCUGCAUGGACCGUGAGCCCCAGUGCCAACAGGAAGAGCUACAGGGUCACCACAGCUACUGCUCCAAGUCCCAGAGCUAUAGUGCGUCCUCCGGGUAUUUGGAAGGGGGGGAGCUGUCCCAGACCGACCACAUAAGGAAAGUUCCAGAGCCCAGAUCCCCCUUCGAGGGCUACACCAGUGAGGACAGCGGCGAGGAGCCCAGUUGGGGAUGUUCACCUACACCCUUUCCAGUACCGCUGGAUACCCAUCCCGACGUGAAGACAGCGGCUCUGCCUCACAAGCUCCGACUUAAGUGCCGGGCACAUAGCAGCGGCCUUCAGGAGCCAUUCCCUGGCUCUAGCACUACCCCAACUGGCUGCUGUCAGGAGACUCCCACCACACCAGAAUGGGAUUCCAGUCAGCACGAGGAGAUGUCAGCCCUGGUGCGGCAAGCGUUGCUUCUCAAUGAGCAGCCCCCCGCCUCAGGCAGCACGUUGGAGAGACUUUUGGGCCGCACCACUGGGCUCCCCUUGGAGAACUCGGUUCCAAAGGACCACGUCAACCGGUGGGAGGAUGGUUGCCACGGGGACGGCUCCAGGCCCACUUGAAGAGGACUCCGUUGUGGGUAACGAUUUCGGGUUAUUUUUUAAUGUUUUUUUUUCUUAAAACUGACCUUGGGUGUUGUAUAAGAAAAGAAUUCAACCUGAAGACCAGGUGAGCCUUGGAUUUGGGGAGGAGAGGAGCCGCCCUCGAUUGGCUCAGACUCCAGCACUGUAGACUGCAGCAUCUCGGGAGUCGGAACUGUGGAGCACGAUGGGACUUAAGAAAGGGGUCCUGUGAGAAGCGAGACUGUGGAACUACAGAGUUCUGGGUGAGGCAACAUCUUAUAGGAUCACUGGAAGGAUGCAUGGGACGGUGAGAUCCCCAGUUCAUUAGGUCCCAGGAUUGGGGAGUAUAUAGGCGGAAUACAUUUCAUGGAGCUCAAGUGCAAGAUACUGCAAGAUAACUGUUACUUGAGAGCAGAUUUGAUGUUUGUAAUCAACCAAGAGCACUGAAAAGUGGGUACCUCGUCCAUCCUGGCUGGCAUGGGGGCCCCUGGAUUCCUACACCCAGGACUGCUGGUGGAUUGCCAGUGGACUACAUUGUUUUUCUCUGUCAGGAACUGUUUGAUUGAA